AUGAACACGGAUCAACCCGCAGAAGCCCCGAACAAGCAGAUGCACCGGCUUCCGUUGAUGAUGCGCACUACGUUGGGGGUAAUCCGCAGUAGUAAUAGUACUAGUAUUCAUUUCCUUAUUUUUGUUUCUUUUCCUUUCUUUCUUUCUUUCUUUCUUUCUUUCUUUCUUUCUUUCUUUCUUUCUUUCUUCUUCUUCUUCUUCUUCUUCUUCUUCUUCUUCUUAUUAUUAUUAUUAUUAUAUAGUAGUAGCAGUAGUAGCAUUCAUUUCCUUAUUUUUGUUUAUUCUUUUCUUUUUCUUUCUUUCUUCUUUUUCUUCUUCUUCUUAUUAUUAUUAGUAGUAGCAGUAGUAGCAUUCAUUUCCUUAUUUUUGUUUCUUCUUUUCUUUUUCUUUCUUCUUCUUCUUCUUUCUUCUUCUUACUUUUCUUCUUCUUCUUCUUCUUCUUCUUCUUAUUAUUAUUAUUAUUCUAUUAGUAGUAGUAGUAAUAGUAGUAUUCAUUUUUUUAUUUGUUCUGUUUUCUUCUAUUUAUUAUUAUUAUUAUUAUUGGUAGACAUCUUUUUAUUUUUAUUUCUCAUCCUCCUCCUCCACCUUCUUCGUUUUCUUCUUCUUCCGUUGUCCUCAAUCUCUUUCAUUUUUGUUGAUUAUUCUUCAUUCUUCUUUACCUUCCUUAGUUUCUGCCUUUUAUUCAUUUUAUACUUUGUAUUAUUAGUUGAGGACUUUUCCCUUAACUUCAAUUUAUUCACUCACAGGGCCGAGGCCAUCCCUUAUACUAUUGGCCAACCUCCAGAUUUCUGUGGUGGUAUAAAUGCCGGACGAGACACUCUACUCAAAACCUAUACACUACUUCAAUAG